AAGUACAUUCUUGGAAAAGAUAAUAGGUAAUUAAUAGAUAAUUAAUAUAUAGGUAAUUAUGUAAUAAUAAGUAUGAUAUUUUGUUUCGUUUACGUAAUGAAGUUGUUAAUGAAAAAAAUUCAUCAAUCAAUGCAAUAUCAAAAUCGCAAAAGAUAGCGUAAGUAAUAUUUUUUGGAUUUUUUUUUUUUUUUUUCGGAAGAAAUACGAUAUCUCUGAUUAAUCUUCUUCUUCCUAACUCUCUUGAGUAUGCUUCACUUGUUUCAACGUUUCAUUCGUUUUUUUAUUUCUAUAUAUAAUCAGUCACGAACGAAAUUAUUAUAGAAAUUCCUUCGAAGAAUGCGAAGAAAAAUUUAUUUACGAUGAUUUAGAAUAACAAUGAUUCCCAUAUUGAUAAAGAAAGAUAUAUAGUUACCAUCGCAUGUGCUUUUCUGGCAGAGAGGAUAUUUAUAAAUUCCAAAAUUUCUUCUUACAACAUAUAUCCCUACUGCUUCCAAAACUUCUCGAAAAUCGCAUCUCUUCGAUCACCUGUUCAUUUCCAAAAAAUAUUAAAAAUCCAGCGUCAAAGAAACUCACCCCGAUAUAUUCCGAUUCCAUUCUCCUCCACGGUAUUCAACCCGGUGCAUUCCUCCAAUUAUUUCCAUCUUUCUCGCUCCACGAUGACAAAGCUAGAACCUCCCCCCCUUUAUUUCUCCUCCUCUCUCUCUCUCUCUCGAAUUCUUCUCUUUGUCCGGUCAUCGGUGACACAUCCAGUGGCGGAAGGAAGGAGAAAGGAAGAAAUGAAAAGAGAACAGAAACGAGGAAAAAAAGCGAGAAACAAAGGGGGAGGGAGGGGAGAGGGAGGUGGGGGUAAAAGACGGUGAUGAUGACGGGGCGGGAAGGGGGUGGGAUGGUAGUGGACGUGGUGUUUUUUAAAUUGGACGUGGAAAAGCGAGAGGGAUCGAUAGGGUGAGAGGAUGGGAGAGGGGGGGAGGGGGUUAACAGAGGGGAGGGAGAGUGUGCAUCAAACGCGGUCGCGGCUUUCAGAAAAUAAUUAAAAAUAAUUGAAAAACACAGCGUGUCGCCGCGCCACAGCGGAACCAUUGUGCUUUGCUCGCUGCACAAUUUCCUUGCCUUUCUGCCGCGAACCGUCGCGCGCUUUUCCUUUCCUCCUCCUCCUCCUCCUCCUCCUCCUCCUCCUCCUCCUCCUCCCUCCUCCUGCUCCUGCUCCGUCAACCCUCCUGGUUUCCACGGUGCUGGUAAUCCCGCGAAAACAAAAACCGAAUUGUCGGACUUCCCCUCCCCUCCCUCCUCCUCCUCCCCUCCCCUCCCUCCUUCCCCUCCCCCAAAGUGGAAAAAAGCUCGUGUAACUAACGAGAACCAGCUCGGUUCUUCCCGGUUUCGAGUACUCUUCCGCCUUCGAAUUCUAUGUUUCUCUCUUUCUCUCUCUCUCUCUCUCCUUCUCUCUCUUUUCUUCACGAGCACGGGUGAUUAAUCGGGGUGGGAUCGAUGGGAAGGAAUCGACCUCGGAUGCGCCCUUGUCGAAGGACUUGGCGAUCAUCGUGCUCCUUCUUCGUCUCUUCUUGCCUGCGGUUUCCCGGAGUUCUUCUGUUCUGGGAGCUUCUUUAGUUCGAUUAGUUUUGUCGCCACCUCGAAUCGUUUUCUUCGAGGAUGGAUGGAGUAACUGGAUCGUCGAAUUGACGAAUUUUAGAUUUUUUUUUUUUUUUUCUUCUUUCUUUGGUUAUUUGUUUUUUUUUUUGUAAAUAACGGGAAUAUGCUUUUGUUUUUUUGCAUUUCUUUUUUUUUUUUUUUCCUUUUUUUACAUCUAUGCACAUCGCGAGAUCGAUUUUUUUUUUUUUUUAACGCGCACACACGUGUGUCGAUUUGUUUUCGUUACGUUACUUUGAUUGGUUUCGUGUAUGGAAUUCACGAAAGAUUUGAAACUUGUUGUUAAUAAUAAAAUUUACGUUGAUUUUUAAGAAAAUGGAUUAUUUUCAAUAUAUUAUUUUUUAGAAUCGUAUACAAAAUAAUAGGAAGUCUAUCAUCGUGAAACCAUACUCAUUAAUCAGGCACAAUUACAUUUUAUCUGUCUAAGAAGAAUUUCUUAUCUAUGGUGAUUACAUUUCAUAUAUCAUUUCACCAUAGCAAAAGACUUAAUACCUUCUUCUCAAGUGAGACGAAUUAACAACAAAAUUUAUAUUUAUUUUAUUUUUAUAUUUUAUAUUUCAGAAAAGUACUGAAUACUUAUUUUCAUUGUAUUAUUUUUAAUCAAAAUAAUAAAAGAUCCAUCAUCCUGAAACUAUAGUAGAUUUUUAACAUUGCUAUAAAUAUAGUCUAAAAGGAGUUUCUUAUUUCGAUUACAUUUCAUGAUGCACUCCACCCCAUGACAAAAGACUUGACAUCUUCUCCUCAAGUGAGGCAAAUUAACACUACUCGAAGUGUUGAAUCCAAUCAAAAUUUCAAGUCUCUAGCAGAUCCAGAAUCCUCCACAACCUCGAAGAAGGUAUUACCACCUAUCGUCGUGGUCUUUGAUCGAUUAAUUCGGAAAAUUAAAUUCAGUUGGUGAAAUAGUUCCGUCCUGCAACAGUGAAGAGUUCAAUCGAGUGAAGAAAGAAGGAAAAAUCGUUUGGAGGUCUUUGUUGCGCUGCAAAUGAGACGCUAGUAAACGAUAGUCGAGAGUGAAAUGGAACUUCCGGCGAGAAGAUUCCUCGUGAUCCUUUUACUCCUGCUGGCACUGGUACAGGCGAGUCUUGGCCAGAAGCAGAGGAGAUCUUAUCGUCAACGGAACAGAGCUUGCACCGCGUCGCAAUUCAAAUGCAGGAACGAGCAGUGCGUUGACAGCAGCGCACGGUGCAAUGGCGUGAACGAUUGUUUAGAUCGUUCUGACGAGUUAAAUUGCCCUUGCGGAAAGGACCAAUUCGAAUGCACCCCGGGCGUUUGCAUAUCCAACUCGAAACAAUGCGAUGGCGUCAUGGAUUGUAACAAUGGAAAGGAUGAAGAAAAUUGUCGGAAAAUAAUUCGAUGUCGGUCAGACGAGUUUGAGUGCUUAGACGGAAGUUGCGUGAGCCAAACCGCGAGAUGCGACGGAAGAUCCGAUUGCAGAGAUCGUUCUGACGAAUACAAUUGCACCGUGACCACCUGCAGCGGAGAUCAAUUCAGGUGUCUGGACGGUACCUGUAUCAGCAUCGACAAAAGGUGUAAUCACAACAUAGACUGUCGCAAUGGGGAGGACGAGAAGCAGUGUGGUUGCGGAGCGACCGAGUUUCGCUGCACGGAUGGACGAUGCAUCGGUUACGAGUUGCAGUGCAACGGGGUGGAGGAGUGCUCAGACGGCUCUGACGAGAGGGACUGCGGCCAGCCGUGGCCGGGCGGUGCAACCGAGAGCCCGAGGGAAUGCGAUCCGAGCAAGGAAAUGCGUUGCGACGACGGACAAUGCAUUCUGCUUCGACGCAAAUGCGACAAUAUCUUCGACUGCCUCGACGGCAGUGACGAGCGUGGUUGUGGUGUCUGCUCACCUGCCGAAUGGAAAUGUGCCAGUGGUGAAUGCAUAGCGGAAAUCGAGAGAUGCGACAAUGUUAUCCACUGUGCUGACGGAUCUGACGAAUCUGGAUGCGUAAGUGAAUGCCCAGCUGGAAUGUUUCGAUGCAACGACGGAUUGUGCCUGGACAAUAAGAGACGUUGCGAUGGUCGACCACAAUGUUCGGACGGCUCGGACGAAAUCAACUGCCAAUGUCCCGAUGGUCAGUUACCAUGUGACAACAAAGUGUGCAUCAACAAAAACUUCUUCUGCGAUAACAACAUCGAUUGUCACGAUGGGAGCGACGAACGCGAUUGCAAUAAUGGUGUGACUCAACCACCAAGAUGUCGCGAGGACGAGUUUACUUGUCGCGAUGGAACCUGCAUUCCGCAAUCAGCUGUCUGCGACGAACGAGCCGACUGCCCUUACGCAGACGACGAGGCCAACUGUCUUCAAGGCUGUGGCAAAGAUCAAUUCCAAUGCGCAGAUGGAAAUUGCAUUAGGAUUGAGGAUCAAUGCAAUGGUUAUAUUAAUUGUGUUGAUGGAUCUGAUGAAGAUGAUUGUGAUCAUGUUGGUUCCCAUCCAAUGCCUGGUCGUUGUCCAGCUGGUUUCAUUAUGUGCAUUAGAGACAAGGAUUGUGUACCUCAAUCUUCUGUCUGUAAUGGAAUACCAGAAUGUAGAGAUAGAUCUGAUGAAGAAUAUUGUACCACAGAACCAUCCAGCCUUAGCUUGAAGACCUAUCCAAGUGAGCAAGUGAUUAAAGAAAAUCCGGCGAAGCAAGGUCGCGAAGUUGUGUUUCAAUGUCGCGACGAAGGUCCUCUUCGGGCUAAAGUACGUUGGCUACGAGGAAAUAAUCUUCCUCUGCCACCUGGAAGUCGAGAUAUCAAUGGACGUCUGGAAAUUCCAAAUAUCCAAUUGAAUCAUUCGGGAUCAUACAUUUGCGAGGCUGUUGAUUAUCCUUUAUCCAUUCCUGGCCAACAAGUUAGCGUAUAUCUUACUGUAGAAAAAUUCGACCCACCAGCAACAAGCAGACCUCAUGUGUGUCAAUAUGAUGAAGCUACUUGUAGCAACGGUGAAUGUAUUCCUAAGUCAUAUGUAUGCAAUGAUAGAUUAGACUGUACCGAUGGUUCUGAUGAAAUGCGUUGCAGUCCACACGGUUGCGAACCCAAUCAAUUCCGUUGCAAUAAUACUCAGUGUGUAAGUAAACUAUGGCGUUGUGACGGUGACAAAGAUUGUGCCGAUGGCAGCGAUGAAGAAAAUUGUGCCCCGAACAAACCAGGCUCUCCCUGUCGCUUUACAGAAUUUGCUUGUAGCAGUAAUAACCAAUGUAUACCUAAAAGUUAUCAUUGCGAUAUGGAAAAGGAUUGUUUAGAUGCUAGCGAUGAAAUAGGAUGUUCUCCAGUUUUUAUAGUGAAGCCACCUGUCCCUAUGAUUACAUUGAAUGUAGGGGAAGUUUUAACAAUCACCUGUACAGCAAUUGGUGUGCCUACUCCUGAAAUCAAUUGGCGUCUUAAUUGGGGCCAUGUCCCUCCCAAAUGUACCAUGACAUCUAUAAAUGGAACUGGAACACUCACAUGUCCUAACAUUCAACCAGAAGAUCAAGGAGCUUAUUCUUGUGAAGGAUUGAACAAUGCUGGUUUUGUAUUCGCCAUACCUGACGCUAUCGUCAUGGUAAAUAAGUCUAUUAGAGAUAUUUGUCCUAAAGGAAUGUUCAAUUCUGAAGCCAGAAAUCCAGACGAGUGCAUUUCCUGUUUCUGUUUCGGUGUCGCUACUGAAUGUCAUAGUGCCAAUCUCUUCACUUAUCAUAUUCCUCCACCAAUGGAUCGUCACAAUAUCAUAGAAGUCAAAUUUCAACCAAACGUUCAAAUUCUAAAUGAUAUCACUGGACAGAUCUCAGUCCUGAGAAGUAUAGAUCGAAAUGGUGUACAAUUAUAUCAAUCAGAGUUAUCGAGCACCGAUACGGAACUUCCUUACUUCGCCUUACCUGAGACUUAUUAUGGGAAUCAAUUGAAAUCCUAUGGUGGUUAUCUGAAAUACAGAGUACGUUUUAAUGGAACUGGUAUAGCAAAUUCUGCACCAUCAGUUAUUCUAAGCGGGAACAAUUAUCGUCUAGUGCAUAGAGGAAAGCAAUUAAUACCGAAUUACGAUAACGAGGAGAUUGUCAGAUUUUUUCAAGGCGAGUGGUAUAAACAACAAGGAUGGAAUGAAAUUCCUGCUACAAGAGAAGAUAUCAUGAUGACACUAGAAAAUGUGGACAAUAUUCUGAUUAAAGCACAGUAUGAUAAUUCUCCAUACUUGGAUAUUCGAAUUACUAAUAUAGUGAUGGACACAGCUGAUGUAAGAAAUACUGGACUUGGAUCAGCAUCUUAUGUUGAAGAAUGUGAAUGUCCUUCAGGAUAUAGUGGUUUGUCAUGCGAGCAGUGUGCACCUGGAUAUUUAAGACGACAGUCUGGUCCUUGGCUUGGACAAUGUUACAGAGAUGAACCACCAUGUUCUUCAGGAUAUUAUGGAGAUCCUUCGAGAAACAUUCCUUGUCAAAUGUGUCCUUGUCCACUCACCAAUCCAUCUAAUCAAUUUGCACGUACUUGUCAGCUUGGCUCAGAUGGUCAGCCUACCUGCAAUUGUCCACCAGGAUAUAUAGGUCGUAGGUGUGAACAAUGUGAUGUAGGAUACCAAGGAAAUCCCCUUAUUCCAGGAGAUAUGUGUGUUCCCAUAUCUCGUUGCGAUCCUGAUGGUAGCCUAAGUUUAGUUGCAGAUCCUAUCACUGGAAGAUGUCGGUGCAAGUUAUAUGCCACGGGUCUUACUUGCAAUCAAUGCAAGGCAAACACAUUCAAUUUGGCAACGAAAAAUCAGUUUGGUUGUAUCAGCUGCUUUUGCAUGGGCAUUACUAAUAAAUGCGUUUCCUCCAAUUGGUAUAGAAAUGAUAUUCGAGUUUCUUUUACUAAUUCUAUCAGAGAUUUCUCUCUUAUUGAAUCUAAAAGUUCAGACACUUUACCAAUUGUAAAUGGUAUUCGUCUAGACGCAGUUAAUCGUGAAAUUAUCUAUAGUGAUUUCCCUAAUCGCGGAAACAAUGAUGUUUAUUAUUGGCAAUUACCAAGUAUCUUUUUAGGCAAUCAAAUUACUUCGUAUGGCGGAAAUCUCAAGUAUACUGUUCGUUAUGUACCAUCACCAGGUGGUCAGAGCUCAAAAAAUAAUGCUGCUGACGUUGAAUUAAUUAGUGCCAAUGAUAUCAACCUGUUAUAUUUCUCUCGAGAGUUUCCCGAACCAAACACUCCACAAACAUUUAUUGUUCCUCUCUUAGAACAAUAUUGGCAACGCAAUGAUGGAACACAAGCUGACAGAGAACAUUUACUAAUGGCCCUUGCUGAUGUUCGUGCAAUUAAAAUCAAGGCCACGUAUACUACUCAUACCGAUGAGGCUGCCUUAUCGCUAGUAUCCCUAGAUACAGCCGAAAAAUACAAUACAGGAAAACCUAGAGCGGUGGAAGUAGAAGAAUGCACUUGUCCAGUCGGUUAUAAAGGAUUAUCUUGCGAGGAUUGCGAUGUUGGCUAUACUAGAGCAAGCGAAGGCCUCUAUUUAGGUAUUUGUGAACCUUGCAAUUGCAAUGGUCAUUCCAACCAAUGCAAUCCUGAUACUGGAGUAUGUGAGAACUGUGCUCAUCAUACCACUGGUGAUUUUUGUGAUAUUUGCGAGAGCGGAUAUGAGGGUGAUGCAACUCGAGGAACUCCUUAUGAUUGUACCUAUAGUACAGAACGACCUUGUAUGUGUAACGAACUUGGUUCACGCAGUAGUGUAUGCAUCGGAAAUACAUGUGACUGUAAACGGAACGUUGAAGGAUCUCAAUGUAAUAGGUGUCGUUCAGGUACAUUUGGACUAUCUGCGGAAAAUCCAAAUGGAUGCAACGAAUGUUACUGUAGUGGAUUAACUGAUCAAUGUCAUGAGAGUUCUCUGUAUGUUCAGCAAAUACCUAUGUGGGUCUAUGACAACCAACACGGUUUCACUUUAACAGAUUCGUCGAGACAAGAAAUCAUAGAUGAUGGUUUUGAAUUAAAUUUUGCUACAAACGAAAUAGGAUAUCGUUAUCCAGAUAGCAGAGGACGCAGACUAUUCUGGUCUUUGCCAGCUAUUUUCACUGGCAAUAAAGUCAAAAGUUAUGGUGGCAAUCUAACAUUAACUCAACACAUUACUGCUUAUUCUGGUGCUCAAAGUUAUAAAGAUCAAGAUAUUAUACUAAUUGGAAAUGGGAUUACUUUAUUUUGGACAAAUCCUACUGAAAUUCAACCUGAUAUACCAUUGACUUAUUCGGUACCAUUUAGAGAAUCGGAAUGGAAACGUUUGACUACCGAAGGACCUCAUGUUACAUCGAGAAUCGAUCUGAUGACAGUGCUAUCUAAUUUAGAAGCAAUUUUGGUUCGUGCAACGCAUAGUGAAUGGAUGACAGCUACUUAUAUUAGCGACAUAAGUCUGGAUACAGCCGUAGAGCAUCAAACUGGUAAUAAGAGAGCGAUUCAAGUGGAAGUUUGUCGCUGUCCUACUGGUUAUGUAGGAACAUCCUGUGAAUCCUGUGCCAGAGGUUAUUAUAGAGAUACUAAUGAUCGAUCCAUCAGCUACUUGGGAUCCUGUAUUCUAUGCCCUUGCAACAACAAUGAGGAAAGCUGUGAGAUAACACGAAUAGGUCAAGUGAAGUGUCAUUGUCAACCAGGAUAUGUGGGCCAGUAUUGUCAAGAUACUGGUGAACUGAUGGUAAGUCUAACGCCAAUGACGGGUGAAGUAAAGGCAAACUCGUGGGUUCUGUUCACAUGCAGUUACAAGUUCUCAAACCCGUUGUAUAUUUCUUUUACAAUGAGUCCAUGUGAUGGCUAUCCUGUAACCGCGACUGCCUUCGAGCCGGAAUCUCUCAAAACAACAACAAACGGAUCGUUGAGGACUUGGUAUGUUUACGUCCGGCAACAUCCUUUCAAUGUGGAAUGCUGUAUCUCGGAUCUGAACGGGAAAGAGUUAAUCAAAGUUGUGUCGACAGUCUUACCAGAAGGUACUACUACAUCAACUACUACAUAUCCUACUUUAACUCCACCAAAGAUUUUGAUUUAUAUUAGAGGACCAGAGUUCCAAAUAAUUGAAACAGGAAGCACUGUUAGAUAUCAUUGUUCUGGAACAUCUGUAGAUAAUGGAUCUUUGUAUAUCAAAUGGGAGAAAGAAGGUGGUCAGUUACCGCCAGGAAGAAGUGUAGAUGAUAAUCAUGGAUUACUAGUUAUUCGAGACGUGAAAGUAUCUGAUAGCGGUAUUUAUGUUUGUCAAGUCAGUGAUGGAGUACACAUUGGUUAUAAAAAUGUUACCCUCACUGUUGGAGCUGCACCAAGAACUAUUGUCAUACCUCCAUCUCUACAAGUAGUAGAGGGACAUUCUGCGGAAUUCCGUUGCGAAGCCAGCGGAAAUCCACCGCCACAAAUUGAAUGGAUUCGUGUUCAUGGUCCCAUGAAUCCAGAAGUCAUAGUUUACAAUGGAGCAUGGAUCUUAAAAGCUGUCUCGAAAAGUGAUGCCGCUGAAUAUAAAUGCGUAGCAAGAAAUAAUAUUGGCAUAGAUGAAAAAACCGUUAUUCUCUACGUUGAAGAUAAUCUUGAAACUCCACCAUCACACUCAAUACCACCUACCAUAACUCCUCCACAAUGGAUUGGAUCAGUUGGAGAUACAAUCGUGAUAACUUGCAUCCCAUCUCUAGACGCUAAUGUUACUUGGACCCGAGAAAGAAAUAUUCCAUUGCCUCCUACAGCUAAUCAACGCGAUGGUAUUUUAACAAUUGUAAAUCCAACCACGUACGAUUCUGGUAUCUACGUAUGCACUGCAAUCAGUUAUAUAGGAACAGUAGCUCAUAAAACUAUCAACAUAACAGUAAUACCUAGAAGACCUUUGCCAACUGUUAAAGUAACACCUGAAAAACAGACUGUUCCUCAAGGCAGUAUAGCUGAAAUAAAAUGUUUCACAACUGGAGAACCUGAUGUACAAGUAAAAUGGAGUAAAUAUAUUGAACAAAUGAGUCCUAAUGUGCAACAAAUUGGAGAUACUUUGAGAAUUGCUAACAUCCAGAUUGCUGACCGUGGUGUCUACGUCUGUCGAGUCACGGGACCAAGUGGAAAUCACGAAGCUAGCGCUAUCAUUGAAGUUGAACCGAGAGAACCUCCAUUGGUAGAGAUUUAUCCCAAAAACGUCCCUCCAGUUACUUUGGGUGGAUCCACAGAUCUUCAAUGUCGAGCAAUCGCUGGAAUUCCUAUACCAGUGCUACAAUGGUCUCAUGAAGAUGGUCGACCAUUCGCUCCUAAUAUUAAACAACUUCCUGGAGGUGUUUUAAGGCUUUCCAAUAUCACAACUAAUGAUGGGGGUUCUUAUGUUUGUUCUGCUGUCAAUUCCGUUGAUUCAAAUUCUGCAAAUGUAUAUAUAGAAGUUCAAUCUGUGCCUGUCAUCUUAAUAACACCUAAAUCUGGAAUUUUAACCGUGAAACCUGGAGAUAGAGUACGACUAGUUUGUAGCGCAACCGGAUAUCCGCAACCUACAGUCGCUUGGAGUAAACACAUGAAUGUAGUACCUCUUGGUACAACAAACGAAGUAAUUGAUACCCCUCAAAAAGCUGUUUAUGAAAUAUAUUCCGCAUCUCCGAAUGAUGAAGGUUCGUAUACCUGUCACGCAAAUAACGCAGCAGGAAUUGUCGAAGAACGCGUCUAUAUCAGAGUAGAGGAUUCAGAGGUUUACCCACCUUGCAGAGGCGAUGUUCCCUGUCCUGAUACUACAAGCGAUGAUUCCAUACCAAAAGAUUAUCUUAGAAUUCCCAAUGGUGGCAAAGUAGAAAUGCGUUGCCAUGUGCAUGAUAAUGAUGGAAAUCAUAUUUAUUUAGAUUGGAAGAGAACAGACCAUAGAGCUUUGCCAAAUGGUAGUUCUGUUCACAAUGGUGUACUAAUCAUUCCAGCUGUAGAUAAGAGCGCUGCAGGAGAAUAUGUUUGUUCUGGAAUGGAUCAAGCUGGCAAUCUUCUCUUUAAAGCUAAAUCUCAUCUUGAAGUAUUAUCUCCACCCAGGAUUGUAUUAAUUCCACCCAGACAAACUGUUCGUUCAGGAGAAAGUCCAUCAAUCGAAUGUCGUACAAGCGGAGAUGAACCUAUGAGUAUAGAAUGGAAUGCUAUCGGACGUUCCCUACCUUAUUCAGUGACACAUAAUCGUGGACUUCUCCAAUUCCAUGGAAUCACUUAUUCUGAUGCCGGAAAAUAUGUCUGUAAAGCUACUAACGAUGCAGGAACUGCUGAAGCUGUCGCUGAAGUUUUGGUGAAUGAACAUCCUUAUGAAAAUACAGAAGUGAAAGCUGCCCAAAGAGACAUUGUCACUUACGUAGGACAACCUGUGCGUUUACGAUGCAUGGUUAGAGAAAGAGCUACUAUACACUGGGUCAGAGAUGGACAACCAUUGCCAUCUAAUGUCAGAAUAGAAGAGGAUUAUUUAGAACUACCUAGAGUAAGACCAGAAGACAGUGGAAGAUAUAUCUGCCAAAUACAAACUUCUCAUGGAGUCUCCAGUGACUAUAUUAAUUUAAACGUUUCGCAUUGCAUGCGUGUGAACCAAACGCAGUGCAGGCAAAACAAUUGUAUGUGCGGCAUUCAAGGAUGCUUUCUAUUGGAUUACUAUUGCAACGUCAAUCCUCUCUUCUCUGGUGAUAACCGCUACUUCAACAGCAAACGGUGGAUUCACCACUAUCUUCAAAAUCGAGGCGCUACUCCGAUACCUGCAGUCAGUGUGGAAGUCUCUCAGGAUCCAGUGAAUAUCGGAGAUACCAUUGAUAUACGUUGUGCAUGUUCUGGAACUCAUAAUCCACGUUAUCAUUGGUCUAGACCUAAUCAUCUCAGUCUACCAGAAAAUGCUCAAGAAUAUGGAAAUAUUUUGAGAUUAUCUAACGUGGCUGUUAGCGACAGUGGAUUAUAUAGAUGUACUGCUGAUACUCCUGAAGGUGUUUUCAAACAAGAUUUCAAUCUUGUUGUACAUGGUGGAAAUAAUGACGCACCAGCAAUUGAAACCAAAUAUGCUCCUUAUGGAUCUAGCCUAGAAAUGGAUUGCCGUCCUAAUAUUGACCCACCAAUGAAAUUUCAUUGGAGUAAAUUGGGAGGUUUUCUGCCAUCUGAUGCUCAGAUUUUCGAGAGUAAAUUGAAGCUAAUCAAUGUCAAAGCAGAGGAUGCAGGAACCUAUAUCUGCAGUGUAAAUAACAAUCAUGAAAAUAUAGAAAUACCUACAGUGCUUGUGGUAACAGGAGUUGUUCCAUAUUUCAGUCAGGCUCCUCGAAGUUUUAUUGCUUUAUCUCCAUUACGUGAUUCUUAUCUAAAAUUCAAUAUCGAAAUCUCUUUCAAACCUCAAAAUUAUGAUGGUAUAAUCUUGUAUAAUGAUGAAUCCAGUAGUGGAAAUGGUGAUUUUGUUUUAUUAUCACUUGUUAGAGGCUAUCCACAAUUCAGCUUCAAUCUCGGUUCUGGACCAGCUAUCAUUCGGGCGGAUAAAUCUGUAACACUUGGAGAAUGGCAUACCAUAAAACUUCAACGUAAUAGAAAAGAAGGAACUAUGUUAGUUGAUGGUGAAGGUCCUUACAAAGGUGUCGCAGUUGGCAAAAAGCAAGGAUUAGACUUGAAAGCGCUAUUGUUUAUCGGUGGAGUUCCCAGUGAUAAUAUAAUAACUCAAUAUGCAGAAAUCAAUAGUGGUUUUGUUGGCUGCAUCAGCAGAUUGGUAAUUGGAGAGAAAGAAAUUGAUUUGAUUGGUGAUCAAACCGAUAGUGUUGGAAUCACUAAUUGUGAAACUUGUGCUGAAAAUCCUUGCAACAAUGGUGGUGUAUGUCAAGAAGCUGCUACAAAAAAUGGAUACCUUUGUCUAUGUCGUGCUGGCUAUAGUGGAAAACAUUGUGACUAUGUUGGCCAGUCCUGUUAUCCAGGUGCUUGUGGUGAAGGCAAUUGCGUAAACAAGGAAACUGGCUUCGAAUGUUAUUGUCCUCCCGGAAGAACUGGCCCUCGUUGUGAGAACUCGAUAAAAAUCUACGAACCAGCCUUCCAUGACGAUAAAUCCUUUAUAGCACAUGAAACGCCAAAAGCUCUCAGACGGGCGAGAAUGAACCCGAUCAAAACAUACGGUCGAUUAAGAGCACGCAACGCACAAGUUAGAAAGCCACGAUCAAGGCCACAUCACCACAAUAAGCUGCACCACACGAAACAUUAGUCCUUUUUUCACAAUCAAAUUUUUUCGAUGCACAUAAUGAUAGAAAAAGAAAAAAGAAGGAAAAGUCAUUUAUUAUUAUUAAAUGUUUAUAGAAAACAUUAACUGCUAUUUAUAGUUGUCAGUCAGCAUAUAUGUAUAUUAUAUAUAUUUUUUUUAUGAAAAUUUUAUUUACAAUUAGAUUUUUUCUUUGUGUCUGCCUCAUACGUAUCAUAGAUAAUUAUGUUGAAGCCUGUAUAGUGAGUAGUUCCUUGGAAUGAACCUCAUGGUGCUGUAAUAUUAGAAUAUCAAUAUAUUUACGUUAUUCUCAUAUAUUAACUUUUUACGGAUCCAAUUAAUCUUUUUUAUAGUAAUAAUAUCAUAAAAAUUUUUUAUUAUUAAAGAAAGCUCUCUUUUUAUUAAGAUAGCUUUUAGAUUAUUGCCUGGAUGGACCGUAAAGAGUUCUCUGUACAGCUUCUUAAAUAGUAUAUUUUAACGCAUUGUAUUAGUUAUUUUAAUUAUUGUUUAAAAUAAACCAUUAAUAAGGUCACUGCCAAACGAGAAUUGCAUUUUACAGUAAUAUCAAGAGCUUAUUAAAACAAUUAUUAGUGUUGUGGCAUUGACUUGUGUAUUAAACACACACGCAACACACACACACCUCAAAUCAGGCACAUCUUAAAAUGUUUGUACUUAUUUUGUAAAAACCUAUUUGGUAUAUGUGCCAUAAGUGGUGUGUUUCUAGGGCCAGAAUGACCGUUUAUAUGUAUUCGACGGGCUUCGAACGAUGCUAUAAGUAUAAAUAUAUGUCUUGAGAUGCAAAUAAAAAUUGAUUUAACAGGA